AUGGAUGUUCUGGCCAUCACCGUGAUAUUUACAGCUCUGGCAGCUGUGUUUGUGGCUCUCAGGUUAUACACUCGGCUUUUCAUUGUGAAGACUCCUGGAUGGGAUGAUGUGUUGAUAUCGUGCGCAUUGGUCGUUGACUGUGCACUCACUGCUUUUAUACUUGUCGAACGCCAUUAUGGCCUCGGUGUGCCGAAGGAAGAACUUCCCCUACAUGUCGUCGAGAGGCAACUAUUUUAUCUAUGGCUCUCGAUUCCCUUCUACAACCUUACCUUGGUCUUUGCCAAACUAUCCGCUCUAACGCUGUAUGCGCGCCUCUUUCGUCGACGCUCCUUCCUGAUCACCACCUACAUCUUGAUGGGCUGCCUCGUCAUCGCAGGACUAUGGAUGACUAUGAGUGGCUUUGUCUAUUGCAUCCCGAUCAGGGACUUUUGGAACCCAGAUGCAGAGAUACGCAGCGCCCAUUGUCUGUCUGACGGCGCCGUGUGGUUCACCAAUGCUGGGAUUCAGCUUGCCACGGAUCUACUAAUCCUAGCCUUGCCCAUGCCACUGUUGUGGCAUUUACGGAUGCCGAACAGACAGAAGUGCGGGGCUUUCCUGGUUUUCAGCAUUGGGAUAUUUAUCAUCGCAACCAGUGCCGCUCGCAUGUAUGAAUUGAGCAAAAUCGUUCGCUUUCAAGAUUUCACCAAGGCAAACGCCGCAGCAGCCCUCUGGUCCUCUAUCGAAGCGAACGUCUCCAUCAUUUGCAUCUGCCUAGCACCACUACAUCCACUCAUCUCCCGUAUCUUCUCAUUCUGCUUCCUCCCUCAACCGCUACACUCAAACGCCUCGAAAGAGCAAUCCCACACAACUCAGCUAACCGAGCUCCAUAACACCGACGGCAUGAUCUGGUACAGCGAGCUCUUCAGUCCCGGGCCGGCUUAUUAUUCGGCCAGUAUAUCCAAGGUCAAUACGAACGAAGCAGAGCACAGGAACGAGGAGGGUAUCCGUGUUGUAAGAGAGCUGAGGAUGCAGUCUGAUUCUGUCUGUCAUACUCCAAUUCUACGACCGUAUUCGGCGAAUGAACAUGGUUUAGGCGCGGAGAAGGGUGAGGGGGCGUCGAAGAGUAGUGCUGGACAUGAGAAUGCGCCCUCGAAGCCGAGUAUUGAGUGGGAUUUGGCGGAUUUCGAGUUUCCGGAUUAUAAACAGACGAUGAAUGCUCCGAUUUGA